GGAACUGGCCCUUCUGCUCUCUCGUUGUAAUGCCGCCCCGCCCGGCCUGUGUUUGUGCCGCUACCAGCUCCAAGGAGGAAUCUUUGCCCCCGAAGUGCAAAUAGCUUCCUUAGUCUUCCAGGCGCAGCGAGACUCCGUGGUCUGGCUGCAGCUGGCGAGCCGUGCUCGCUCGCGUUCGUUGUUAGAAGAGCUCCUCGCGGUCUGCGCCUGUCCAAGUCGGAUUGAAGCCGGUUUCCAUCUCCUGCGGGGCUGGGUGAGGAGAGCUUUCGGGCGUUCCUAAAGCGCCGCCCUAGCAGGAUCUUCGGCACAGCGCCCUCACCGACCUCUCGGCAGCCGGGGCUGGGUGCGUUUCCCUCCAGGCCCCUUCCUCGCGGGAAGCGGCGCGAUGGCCGAGGGCAUCAUCAUCCUCUCCGGCUCCGACGGCGAAGGCUCGGGAGGAUGCCGCCGGUCUCGCUGCCGGCGCCACUUGAGAAGAAAGCGGAGAUGGCGCUGCCUACAGGAAAGCUCGGAGGUCAUUGAUCUGACUGGAGAUGACCUGGUUGGGAAAACAGCUGCAUACUGUGACUUUGAUAUAAUUGAUCUGACACAGCCUGAAGAGACAAUGAUCAGUCCUCUUCAUAGUGGUGGCUAUGUUUCUCUGGGUCUAAUGCACUCGACUCCAGCUGGCAUACAGCCUACAUACUCUCCUAAAAUCCUUACCACUCUGGAUCCUGAAGGCACUCUUGAUAUGUCACUUGGCCUGUGGGACAAGAAACAACCUUCUCCCAAGGAAGAUGCCAUGAAACAGACCUGCUUUCAAGGCAGCUUUGCCCUUCUUUCUGACUAUGGUGAGGACUCUGAAAGCAGCCAUACCACUUACAACAGUGAUUUAGGAUCUUUGGGGAGCCCACUGCUGGGCUCUGAUGCUUUCUCCCUCUCUUCAGCCAAUGAUAGCUGUGAACAUGAAGCAUUCUGGGAUCCUGUAGAAGAUGAUCCUAAUAGCUGUCCACCUGAGGGAGAUCUUAACCCCCAGCUCUCUCUACAUCAUCAGAAAUGCUCUUCAAGUUCCCCCUCUUCCUCAUGUCCUGAGAAUGUCACCACAUCUCUAACAGAAGCUGACCAGGUUUUGAUAGAGACAGAAAACUCCACACCAGCUGCUAUAAAGCCAGAUCUUCAGGAAUCAACUCAGCAAUUUGACAUCAAAGUCUGGAUGAAAACAUUGCAAUAUUUCCCAGGAGUGCCUGUACAUCACCCAUUCCUUCAAAAUGUAGUACCCGAAAAGGAUGCCAGACAGAACAGUCAACAGAAAGCCCAGCCUAUACCAUCCCGUAGAUUAAGCAUGGUAUCCAGCACUAUUGAGGAGAAUUUCUUCCGGGGGACCUUGGAUUUCCUCAUGGAUUAUGUAUCCUCCCAGUACUACCCUCCAAAGGAGAUCACAUCCUGCAUGGUCAGACAGAUUUUGCUGAGCUCAGAAGUGCAACAGGAGAUACAGAAAGAUGCUUACAUGCUGCUGAUGAAAAUCCAGGCGCUUCACCCAGCGAAGGCUGAUUCAGUGGCAUGGGACUGGGACUUGCUACGUGAGGUCAUGACAGAGCAGGGAAAAAAGUUUCCAGGACGGCUCCUGUUCUUGCAUUACGUGAUUCAAACUUUGGAGGAUGACUUCCAAACAACGGCCAGAACAAGCGAUCUGAACAAAUCCAUUGCCAAGAAAGUGCUUUCCUGUGAUCAGUGCUUCAGCAACGUAAAAGAAUUGAUUACAUGGGUAGUAGCUGCAGUUACUGGAACAAGAUUUUACCAGCACAGAGAUCUGCAAGACACAGAUCCUUUGUCAGAAACAUCAAUGGCCCAAACCAGCAUUUCAGUAUCAGAACUGCCUUUAGCCCAAACUGCACAAAUAGAAGACACCGCUCUACAGUUUCAGUCUCAAAAGGAAGUGAUGCUUCUCCAGAGAAUGCUUUCUAUAGCUGUAGAAGUGGACAAAUCUCCAUACUGCAGUGCCAGUAAGAUUGCAGAAGUGGUAUUUUCACAGAAUAUUCCCAAGCGCUGCCAAAGGGAAGCUUUCCUAAGCAGCAUGGAAUGCCAUCUUCUGCGCUGCAAAGUGCUGGAUCUCUUUUUUGACCGCAACUGUAAAGAAUCUAUCAAUCUGCCCUUGUCGAUGGCAAAGAUCUUGCAGUUUCUGAUAAACUUUUACCCACGGAUGAAAUACCAGGACAAUGAAGCAACAUGGCAGAGGUGGGAUGAGAUGCUUCACCAGCUGAAUUUACUGGUGCUGAGUUAUCACAGAACAAUCCUAGGGCACUUAUGGAAGUCCAUGUCUGAACGGAUCAAGUUGAUUAUCAAAGAUGCCAAACCUAAACUACAGUCAUAUGAUUCCAUCACCAUUUCAGAUGCAGAUGACAGCAUAAAUAAAUUCCAGAAACAGCUCUUGAAAACUCUGAAGCAACCACUUCCCUCACCCAUCAAAGAAAAGAUUGACCUACUCAGAGUAUUGUUUCACACGAUUACAGAUAUUUACAGAACUUUUGGACACUUUGAUGGACUUCUUGCUAGUGGAAGCAGCUGAGCAGUAAGCCUUCCAGUAUGGAGAAUCCUCAAUACAAAUUGCCUUUUUUGCACUGAAGUAAUGCUUUGCAUUCCCAGCCAACUGGCAGCUGAAUCAGUUGUACUAUUUUAGACUUGUUACAUGCAUUUAACAUUCCCUUUUGUCCCCAUUUUAGUUCUGUAUAGCUUUUUUGUAAUAAAUUUCAGAGGUGA